AUGAAUUGUGUAAAACCAUGUACGAGGAAAAUCACGGUCCAAAACCUUCUCACUUUGGGUGCAUCCAGGUCUCCAAAACCGCACCUCGAGGUCGACGCUUGGAUCAUCAAGACAGGCUUCGAUCCCAGCACAUGUCGUUCCAAUUUCAAGGUGAAGAACUGUCUCCAACGUGGGGAUUUGUGCGGUGCCCGCAAACUAUUUGACGAAAUGCUCCACAAGAACACUAUCACCUUGAACAUGAUGAUCAUGGGUUACAUAAAAUCUGGCAAUCUUUCCAAUGCUAGUAACUUGUUUGACAGCACGGUUGAACGCACGGCUGUUACCUGGACAAUGCUGAUUGGUGGUUAUGCUCAGAACAAUCGGUUUCCCGAAGCUUUUGAUCUUUUUGCUCAGAUGUGUAGGCAUGGGACUGAUCCGGAUUAUGUUACCUUGGCCACUCUCUUAUCUGGGUUCACUGAGUUUGACUCUGUCAAUGAAGUAACCCAAGUUCACGUCCAUGUUAUCAAAUUGGGUUAUGAUUCGACCCUCAUGGUUUGCAACUCAUUGCUUGAUUCUUACUGUAAAACCCGUAGCCUCAGUUUAGCUUGUCACCUCUUCAAGCAUAUGCCUGAGAAAGAUUCUGUCACUUUUAAUGCAUUGUUGACGGGAUACUCCAAAGAGGGGUUCAAUCAUGAGGCCAUAAACCUGUUUUUCAAAAUGCAGGAUUUGGGGUUUAGGCCCACGGAAUUCACUUUUGCUGCAGUUUUAAAUGCGGGCAUACAGUUGGAUGAUAUAGAAUUUGGGCAACAAGUUCACAGUCUUGUAGUGAAGACCAAUUUUGUGUGGAAUGUGUUUGUGGCUAAUGCUUUGCUUGAUUUCUACUCCAAGCAUGACCAUGUUGUUGAGGCAAGGAAACUUUUUGUUGAGAUGCCAGAGUUAGAUGGUAUCUCUUACAAUGUGCUCAUCACGUGUUAUGCAUGGAAUGGAAGAAUCAAAGAAUCUCUUGAACUUUUCAUGGAAUUACAGUUUACUAGAUUUGACAGGAGGCAAUUCCCAUUUGCUACACUGUUGAGCAUAGCUGCAACUGCUUUAAACCUGGAAAUGGGUAGGCAAAUUCAUUCCCAGGCUAUUGUAACAGGUGCCAUUUCAGAAAUCCUGGUUGGAAAUUCUUUGGUCGACAUGUAUGCUAAAUGUGACAAAUUUUGUGAAGCAAAUAGGAUUUUUGCAAAUCUGGCUCAUCAAAGUUCAGUUCCAUGGACAGCCCUGAUCUCUGCUUAUGUUCAGAAGGGACUCCAUGAAGAUGGCCUAAAGCUAUUCAUUGAGAUGCAAAGAUCCAAAAUAAAUGCUGAUGCAGCCACUUAUGCCAGCAUUGUAAGAGCCUGUGCAAAUUUAGCCUCAAUGACACUAGGAAAACAGUUACACUCACAUAUAGUCAGAUCAGGAUACAUUUCAAAUGUAUUUUCUGGGAGUUCAUUGCUUGACAUGUAUGCAAAAUGUGGAUCCAUAAAAGAUGCACUUCAAAUGUUUCAAGAGAUGCCCGUGAGGAAUUCAGUCUCCUGGAAUGCACUGAUUUCAGCUUAUGCACAAAAUGGAGACGGUGAGCAUACUCUUGGAUCAUUUGAACAAAUGGUUCGUUCAGGUUUGCAACCAAAUUCUGUUAGCUUCCUUAGCGUGUUAUGUGCCUGCAGCCACUGUGGUCUAGUUGAAGAAGGAUUACAGUACUUCAACUCCAUGACUCAAAUUUAUGAACUUGUUCCUAAAAGAGAGCACUAUGCAUCAAUGGUUGAUAUGUUAUGUCGCAGUGGAAGAUUUGAGGAGGCUGAGAAAUUGAUGGCUCGGAUGCCAUUUGAACCUGAUGAAAUAAUGUGGUCAUCAAUUCUCAACUCAUGUAGAAUCCAUAAAAAUCAAGAGUUAGCAAAGAAAGCAGCAGACCAACUAUUCAAUAUGAAGGUUCUUAGAGAUGCUGCUCCAUAUAUUAGCAUGUCCAAUAUCUAUGCAGCAGCUGGUGAAUGGGACAAUGUGGGGAAGGUGAAGAAGGCCAUGAGAGACCGAGGUGUUAGAAAGGUCCCAGCUUAUAGUUGGGUUGAAAUCAAGCACAAGACUCAUGUUUUCUCAGCCAACGACAUGUCUCACCCACAAAUGAGAGAGAUAAUGAAGAAGAUUGAUGAACUGGAGGAACAAAUGCAGAAACAAGGGUAUAAACCUGACUCAAGUUGUGCCCUUCACAAUGUGGAUGAGGAAGUCAAGGUAGAGUCCCUUAAAUAUCACAGUGAACGCAUUGCCAUUGCUUUUGCACUAAUUAGCACCCCAAAAGGGUCACCUAUAUUGGUAAUGAAGAACCUACGAGCUUGUACUGAUUGUCACGCCGCCAUCAAGGUGAUCUCCAAGAUAGUUGAUCGGGAAAUCACAGUCAGAGAUUCAAGUAGGUUCCAUCAUUUCAGAGAUGGAUUUUGCUCCUGUAGGGACUACUGGUAG